AUGGAGCCAACCAAUCAGCGUGUCCAGUGGUGGAGCACUAAGCGCGUUCCCGACAGCCGCGAUACGCACGCCAAGAACAGCCGCGAUACCGCCGCUUCAUCUCCGAGCCAUCAUCAACAAUCCCCGGAGUCUCGCUCUUUGUCAGCUUCACCCGAGAAGAGCCGGAGAGGUUUCAGAGCGUCUCCUUUCCCGCACAAUCUCCGGGAGGGUGCCGCCCGUGGCACGCGCAGUACAGGCACGAAGGAGAUCGUUUCCGCCUUUGAGUGGGAGGCGUUGCAGUUAGAGCAAUUCAAGCACCUGACCACCACCUCAACCGUACAACAGCAGCAAGAGAAGGCUCCCUCGGCGCUGGGUUUGAGUCCUCAAUCUCCCGGCAUGUCCCGGAAUCGUCCUCGGGGCCCUCCCGUGCCCAGGGACAAUGGCCUGGCGGCCAAUGAAGAAACAGAUAUGUGGAAUAAGAUCCUCCAAGACCUGCGCAAAGCAAAAGAAAAGCAUGAUAAACAAAAGACGUUGUCAGAGCAAAUCGGUGCUCUGAAUGAGAAAAUCGGUAGAGAGGGCAAACCCUCAGUAAACGAGCAUAAUCAGUUGGAUAGUCUCUACCGGCAGAUGGCCAAGCUCUGCGAAGAAGAGAGAGCCAUUCUCCAAGAUGAACCAAGUGAUGUGAUUAAAAACCUGGGGCUUUUGACGGCCCUCCGUCAAGCCUCGGAGGCGGAGGCGCCCCUCAACCGCGCGUCGGCUCUUUCUAAAUCUCGAAAGAAGAGAAACGAUGUCGACGGUUCUUCCACCGACUCACCUGGCCCCUCUGGUCCCUCCUUGUCCGACAAGGCCAGUCGUAUCAAGGGUAGCAUUCCACGCAGUACUAGCGUAUCCAGUGCGCAAGCGCGCGAGGGCCGCGAUAGCCGGGAGGGAGUGAACGUCAAGGUGGAAGAAGGAACCGAGAGCGCCAAGGGCACCCCCGCCGAACGUAGUGGGCAACUGACGGUGGGCGCCGAAGUCGUCUUCAAGCAUAACAAGAACAAACAAGGUGUGGAAGGCGAGGGCAUUCAGUGCAUAAUCAAGGGGAUCACAGGUGAGGGACACAAAAAACGGUAUGAUGUGCAAGAUCCCGAACCCAAUGAAAACGGCGAGCAAGGCGCCGUGUACAAGACCACGGCCGUUUCGUUGAUCCCCAUCCCGCGAGUCGGUUCGGCGUUGCCCUCGUUUAGCGUGGGAAAGCAAGUGCUUGCGAGGUAUCCUGAUACGACCACCUUUUACCGAGCGGAGGUGAUGGGAUCUCGAAAGGAUACUUACCGGCUCAAAUUCGAAGGUGAAGAAGAUGACAAGGAAAUGGAGGUUGAUCGUCGGUUUGUUCUUGACAUUCCCGGGAAAUAA